AUGUUUCAACCUAGAAACAACCUCAUAGAUCCGGAACAUCGGCGGCUCCAGACAACAGCCCCAGAGACAGACAAGACUCUGAGCGGCUUCAACGAGUGGAAGAGGAAGUUUGAGCUGGGUCAUGGAUCUAUCAACAGCUUGAAAAUCCCGGAUCUCCCUCCUCCCUCACCUCCGCCGACCACCAAAGUCUUUCCCGACGAGACCGUGGAGAAAGAUCCAACUCCAGCUGGUUCAACGUCUUCCGCCCCUGCCGCUAAGCCAGCUGCAUCGAAGCCGGCGCCUAUCUUACCCCCUCCCCCAUCAUCCACCACUAUUGAAUCCCCUUUGACUGCCGCCCCACUCGAAUCCUCGCUGGAUGAUGUCGAGGAGGAGCCUACAGUUGCCCUAUCCGAGGUUCAACCACGGCCAUAUUUCACACGAGAGUACUCUCCGCCGGCCGACCUCGAAGUACCGCCUUGGGUUCCUGUGGACAAUUACCGCCCAGCUCAAACGCCAGUAUCUCCUCCCCCUUCCCUCAUGCCUCUCACCUCUGCCUACCCUUCAGAACUUCCUCCUCUACCUCCUCUGCCCCUUGCUUCCAAGAGGCGGAGACUUGCCAACUCUGAUCCCCAACCCGACAUGUUUCAACUAUCAUCAUCGCUCGCUAUCAACCCUGUCUCCAAAGAUCUGUCCCAUUCGACCAAGUGUGUCUUGACAUGCGAUUGGAAAAUCGCAAUGGAAGAGCUGAGGCAUAUCCGAGCUAUGGACAAAAUUAAGGCCAAAAAAGCUGAGGGGCGAUGGAGUUUGCGUCAACCAAAGAAAGCCAGAGCUCCUCCCAUAGCAAAAGCACAUUGGGAUUACCUUUUGGAGGAGAUGGAGUGGAUGAGGACGGACUUUUCAGAGGAGCGCAGAUGGAAAGUGGUCCAGGCAAGGGAGUUUGCGUAUGAGGUUGUUGAAUGGCAUCUGGCGAGCUCAGACGAAAGAAAGGCUCUGAUGGUUGGUGGGAGAGGGUGGGGAGAGUCAAACAAGGUGCCUAUACCCGGGCAUUCCGGCAAAAGAAGACUACAGGAAGUAGCAACGCAGGAGGCAGAGGACGAUGACGUAGAAAUGUUGGUGGGGCAAGAAGGGGAUCUGCCAGGAGAAGGCGAAGCGAGCAGAGUUCUCGAGUCGAUGGAUGAGAUGAAGGAGCAAGAACAGGCUCGACUGGCCAAGAAGGAUGAAGAUGCGAAGAUAGCCAAGGCUAGCGAAACGGAAGGCGAAGCAGAUGCAGAUGGCGAGGACGACGCAGACGGCGAAGAAGAGACAAUAGAAGCUUCCGGGUCUGCUCAAGUCGGUCUGUCAGAAAUCGACGCGGUCAAAACCGAAUCCGACGCCUCUGUCAAGCCGCCGAGACGAUUGUCAAAUCCUCUCGUCAUCAAUGGUAUCACCAUCGACAAGAGGUUUAGCAGCCGGGAUGAUCUUGUGGCUACGCGCAAACCUGUUCUAGACGCUCCUCUGGCAGCCGCAACCAUCAACCUCGAGACCCUUCCCAAACCUGCUCCCGUAUCUGAUGUAGAUAGCAAGGCUCUCCCAGCUUCGCCCGAUUCGCCUCCCUCUUUCACCGACCUCUUCCCAGAGCUUGCUUCUUAUGAUGGGCCUUCGCCUCCGGAAGAACAGGAACAGGCUCGCCGUCCUGAAGGCGGCAGCAGCCGUAUUGCACACACCUCUCGACUCAUGGACAUCCGCCCAACGUUCGUGUCGACUCUGCAGCCUGCAAAGAACCUCCGAAAUGGGCAUUGGGACGUCCAUGACGGGCCGUACUACGAGCCCCUGCAGAACCCCACCAUUCCCAACAUUCCCGUGAUUACCGCCAGCUCUACACUCUUCCACGGUGUACACAAGCGUUCACUGAACUCUCUCCAGCCUCACGACAUGACAAAGCCUUCUGCGCAUCAUCUGCGGCACCAGCACCCAUGGUCGACGGAAGAAGACCAGUGUUUGGUUCGGCUUGUAGAGAUGUACCCCUUCAACUGGGAAUUGAUUGCGGAAAGCUAUAAUUUGGAGAUGGUGAUGGUGCCUGUGGAGAAGAGGGGAGCGUACGAGUGCUGGGAGAGGUGGUACUAUGCCUAUGGAGAGGGAAAGAACAAGCCCCGGCCCGACGCUCUUCCGCCACCAGGAAGUGCUGCGCUCAAUGCGGGCAACAACACACCUGUUCCCCAAUCAGCUGUCAGUACACCCGGUAUACCUUCGGCUAUACCCUCACCGGCCAGACCUCCGCAGUCAGCUACGGCCAUUGGGGGGAUUUCUGUACCCUCCCUGCCUACACCCCUGGGCGAAGGACUACCGGAUGGAGCGCCUCCUCCGCCUGGUAUGUCGAAGCGAGAGAAGCAACAGGCGAAGCCAAAGUACGAAGGCACGAAGAGGUCAAUAAGACACCAGGCCAUUUAUGAUGCGGUCAAAAGGCUCAAUAGGCGAAGGGAGGCGGCAAAGGUCAAGUCUUACAAAGAUAACGCCCAGCGAAAGAUCAUCAAUGUCCACGAAUCACACGUUGCCUUUACUUCCGACACGUCGUCUACUCCCUGGGAGCUAGUUGAAGCCAAGUAUCAGCGCGACAUGCAAAUGGCCCAGCAACGCCAGCAGCGUGCCAUUCAAGAACAGCAGCGUGCUCUUGCUAUGCGCCAGCAGCAAGCCAUGUUGCUCGCACAGCAACAGCAGCAGCAAGGUCAAAUGCGUCCACCCAUGCAGCAGCAGGGUCAACAAAUGCCACCCAACAUGCCCAACAUGACGCCACGAGUGGGCCCCAACGGUCAGCCGUUGCCAAAAUUGACUCCCAACCAACAGCAGUUGCUGAACGGAGCAGUUGGCCCCAAUGGCCAAGCCCUCCCGCCCAUGCCGCCUACGCCUCAACAGCAGCAACAGAUCCUCAAUGCUGUUGCCCAGAUGAAUAACGGCAACGGGUCGCCGAGGAUGGGGCCCAACGGGCAGCCGAUACAGGGUUUGGCGCCUAGCCAGCAGCAAUUGUUGAACGCAGUGGCUUUGGCUUCUGCGGCUCGCCAUCAGCAAAAACAACGUCAACAGAAUGGAGCGGUAUCGGGGCAGGGAACCCCGCAGAUGGGUAUGCACCCUCCACCUAGGCCUCCCCAGCAGGGUUGA